UCAAGCUAUCAAGCUGUCAAUAAAAAUUCGAAAAGACAACUAACCUUAAUUAAAAAAUUCACAAUAACAAACAGUUUAAUACCUACGGGUUUUUACUAGUGACAAUUUGUAACGCGGGGAUAAAAAUUAUAUUCGAAAAUGAAUUUAAAACAGUUCACUACUAAAAAUGCAGUUCUUCUUAUAAUGAUACCAGCAUUAGGUGGUCUCCAUUAUGGUUGGUAUAAGCUGCAGAGCGUUGAUAGUCUGGUGCCAGACAAAGAUCGCAGUAGGCUUCCUAAGUGGUUGCAAGAACUUGGAUUCUGAAAUAUAAAUGAGAAGAAUAAAAAAACAGCUGUAAAUGUAUAUAGAUUCAUGAUUACCUUGUCAUAUAAAAUUAUAUUAUGCUAACAUAGAAUUAGAGUAAGUUAUGAUUGUGUUACAUGGUGGAAAAUUUGUUAAUAAAACAAUGUAAAAAAUAAAAU